AUAAAUUGAAUAAAUUAUCUAAUGUUAAACAAGAAGAAUAUGCUCAAUUAAAUAUCGUUUGUAAAACAAGAGGAAUAUAAUGAAUAAAAUACUUUAUGUAAAACAAAACGGAUAUAAUGAAUAAAGAAUCUUUAGUAAAAUAAGAAUGUUGUAAUGAACGAAGCGUUGUUUGUAAAUCAAAAUGGGUAUAAACUGAUAAACCAUCUUAUGUAAAAUAAGAAGAAUAAAGAAUUAAAAAAAUAAAUUAUAUGAUUUUCACUUAAAUAUCAAGGAAAAAAAAGUUAAUUAUUUGUAUAAAUAAAUCAGUUUGUGCUCAGUACUGUAGUUUAUUCAACAAAAGGGAGUACAACGAGAAUAGUUAUGUCGAAUAUGAUGACAGAUGAAACGUUAUUUCUUAUUGGCGUGUACAAGUUUGUGUAAUUAUAAGCAUUAGAUAGAGACAUUUUACUCGAUAGAUAUAUCAAAUGAAAGUAGGAAAACAUCUGUGAGACUCAUUUUGGAGGACAAUUCUAAUUUUUAUAGUUUUAAUUGGUGAAAUCUUGAAAGAGGAAAUAAUACUUAUGAUUGAAGAUAUUUACAAAACCUUGAAGAGAUCUACAAGAUGAAAACGUUUAACUAAUAUAAAACUACAAAAGUUUCAAUCAGACAUGGAAUCAAAAUGAAAACCUGUCAAUGAACCAUUGUUCAAAAUAUGUCAAGAAUACCAUUUGGUGUCUUUAGUUUCAACCAAGUACCAAGUGAGUUUUUAAACACAAUUGAGUAAUAAAGAGCAUUCAGAUCAAAUCAGUAGUGAACAUAAGCACCGACGGACAUAAUGGAUGAGGAAAAUAACACUAUUCAAACUAAUUUAACAACAGAACGUUUUUUCAAUAAUGCUACCACAACUGAUUUCUUUGAUUGGAGCCUUCAAAACAGGAAUGCAUAUUAUGUCAACCUUAUAGAACGUAUUAUAGCAUUAUUUGGUAUCUUAUUAAAUGCCAUAACAAUUAUAAUGCUAUUAUCAUUAGAUGGUCGAUUAAAGACACAGCUGAAACUCAUUCUCAGUUUGGCAAUUUCAGAUGGCUUAGUAGCAUGCUCCCAUUUUAUUUUGACAUUUUAUAUUUUUCCCAGCGCAUUGAAAGCACACAAGAUUUCUGUUUUGCCUGUUUUAGAGAAAAUAAUUGUUAAUACUGUAUUGGCAUUCUUAUACACAGUAUCACAAUUUGCUGGUUUGGGGACAAUGUGUGCAAUUACAGUUGAUAUAUUUAUCAAAGUGAGGAAACCUUUGCGGUAUAAAAUAUUGAUGUCAAAAAGACGCGGGAACAUUAUAAUACCAUGUUUAUGGGGUAUACCGAUCUUGCUAUUGCUAACGCUCUCUGUUUUUGCUGUUUAUCAGUUUAACAUCACACUUCUUUCAUAUAUGUACAUGUACGGAAGCAUAUUGUACUGUGUGAUUUGUCUUAUUUUCUUUUUUAUAUGUAUGCCGAUUUACAUCAGCAUAUUCUGUACCAUACGGUCUUUCAUGCUGAGACAACCAUCUGCAUAUAGACACAGUACAAAAAAGACAGCCAUCACGUUCCUUCUUAUAAUGGCUACCUACUUCAUAUGUAUUUUGCCAAAUAUUGCAUUUGUUUUAAUUUUUACCGCUAAUUUAUCCUAUCAAGAAAGAAUGUUAGCCCUAGACGUUGCAAGUUGUUUAUAUACACUGAACACUGUUUUAGAUCCAAUUAUUUAUGCAACCAGAAUCCCCGAAAUUCGGACAAGAUAUAAAAGAUUUUGUAACACCAUGCAUCCCUGUAUACACCACUACUGAGUAGGUAACCUGGGGAUAAAUACUGAAUUCUGAAUGGUACUUACAGUUUCUUUGCAUGGUGUAAACUAAGAAACGUUGUGAAUAAUAAAUUAUAUGUAUAUUUUGAAAAUUGUAUCGUUAUGUUCAUGGUCAAUAUUUUAAAAUAAUGUGUAUACUCUGUAAACUUUGUCUUUGCGCUCAUUGUCAAUAUAUAAGAUAAUGUAUAAAAUAUACUGUAAAAUUUUAUCAUUGUGCUCAUUGUGAAUAUAUAAAUAAAGUGUAAGAUAUACUGUAAAA